GCUGUGUUAUUUGGCUGUCGUAAUUUUUUUGGCGCGGGUCAUUGUUAUGAUCAGAAGUGGUCGUCCGAUAGUUUAAUAUUGAUCAAUAUUUGAGCUUUUAUGAUGGAUUAGAAUUUCUAGAAACUUUCUAACGCUACUUUAAUCCUACAAACUAGGUCAAACUGAAAAAAUACCCGUUUUAAAUUAUAGGGUUGAACAGAUGUAAUAAUGCAACUCCGGUAACCAUGAAUAGUGAUGUGCCCAGUGUUCCUAUAACAACACUAGCAGGCAUUCACAGUCUAACUGAACUUUUACCUGAGCUACCAUUGCCAACACCAACAACAUCAACUUCACACAACAAGACAUUGCUCCACAAUGCCAAGCUUAAAGAGACAUCAAAACGCUUGCUAGCAAGUCAAGAUGCAGGGCUGACACAACAGUUAACGACUGUGCUUAGAAAAACAUCAACCGAAAAUUUAGAUUUGAAGGAUUCCACAAGUGAUGGAGGGAUAGAUGGAAAUCCCCCAGAGCUAUUGAAGUCCAUAAUAAGUCAGGACCCUACCAUAUUUCAGGGACGACAGUACUAUGGGAAUGGGUCACAAAAGGAUGGAUACAAUUUGGGGAGUCCACAUUACCAGAAUAAUUUGCUUGGUGGAGAUCCAUCAAAGUUCCCAAAUCCUUAUGGCAACUAUACACCAGGCAUUGUGAAUGGAGAACAUCCAGAGUUAAGCAAUCAGUAUCCAGGAUACCAGGGACAAGGGGGUGCUAAAAGUCUGGGUACCAUUUCUUCACCAGCUCCAAGAAGCUUGGCAGAAAAUUCUUACCACAAUGAAGCAGAGAACCACAGUGGACUUAACAGUUCUUAUCAUAGGAAAAAACUUAAUUCUGAACCUGUGGUUCUGUUAGAACAGUUACCAAACCUACCACCGCGUGCCUCUGGUGACGCUUCAAGCACAAUUUCGGCCGACUCGCAUGGAGGGGAGAGAAAGAAGAUCAAGAGUUCACAUCCUGUGGUCAUAUUGGAACCAUUAGAUGAACAGACUCUGAAGUCCAUACAGCAUGCAGGCUCAGUUAAAGCUAAAGAUAAAAAGAGAGGGAGGAGAAUAUAUGACAGUGAUGAUGAAGAUUCCAGUGACAGACAUGGAAAGCGUAGACGAUACAACAGUGACAGUGAUGAUUCCUCAGCUCAGGUGUCUAGAAAGAAAAAGAAGGAUAAGAGACAUCGACGUGUUAACCAGCAGGCUAUGUCUGUGGAGGAACUUUUAGAUAGUCCUACCUUUAAGAAAUUCAGCAGCUCCAUGGAGUACAUUCUGGAAGCAUCAGAGGAUACUAAUUUUGGAUCUCUAGACCCGAAUGAUGAUGAAGUUGAAUGCCCAACAGAAAGUCUUAUUGCCAACAACUUGCUUACUGAACUUAGUGGAGAAACUGCUAAACUCAAGUCCUUAGGAGUGAUGAAUCGGGUCCCAGCUGACAGGUUGGUCAAGCUACUGACAAUAUUACAGUGGAACAUACGAGAUGGAAGCAAGGUCACACCUGUUGUAAACCAAGGCCAGGAUGAGGAUGAGGAGGAGCAGAGACUGUGGAGGAGCGUGAUCAUGGAGCGCGUCAUGAGGAGCAUGAACUCUGCCCUUAUCGCCCUACAUAUCAUGACCUCACCAGACAUGCCCAAACAGGUCUACCUAGAGGAUGUCAUAGAGAGGAUCAUUCUGUUUGGGAAAUUCCAUCUUCAGAAUACAAUUUUCCCAGAAUUUGAUCCUGUUUACAAAAUUGAUCCAAAAGCAAAAGAUGGUUAUCAUGGGAGUCUAAAAGCUAAGAGGGCCCGAGCAACACAAGUAAAACACAAGUCCACCAUCAACCUGUUCAACAAGAUCUCAGACAUGAUAGAGAAUCUCUCAGAAUUGGUGGAUGUGCAAGAGCUCACAGACACCACAAUACUCCAAUUAUCAACUUUGGGAGUAUCACCUUUCUUUGUGGAAAAUAUCAGUGAAAUGCAGCUGAAUUCCAUGAAGCUUGUCACUACAAUCUUUUCAAAAUAUGAAAAACAUCGCCAAUUAAUCCUAGAAGAUAUAUUUGCCAGUUUAGCCAGACUGCCAUCCAGUAAAAGAAAUCUAAGGAAUUACAGGUUGAAUUCAGAGGAGUCUAUUCAGAUGGUAACUGCUCUAGCCCUCCAGCUUAUUCAGUGUGUCAUCAAACUUCCCAGUGUUUCCUCCCCACCUGAUGAGGAAGAAAUAGCCUCAUCAUCUUCCUCGAAAAAAAGGUCAAAAGCAGGACAGAAUUCCAAUGAUGUUGUGAUAGUUACCUCUUUUGAGAAUGCAUUAAGGACAGGGUACAACUUUCUCACAGUGUUUCUACAAAAAUGUACUGUGAAGAGUGAGGAGGAUUAUCGUCCAAUGUUUGAAAACUUUGUACAGGAUCUCUUGUCAACGGUCAACAAACCAGAGUGGCCAUCCUCUGAACUGCUCCUCAGUUUGCUAGGAAAGAUUCUGGUGAAGCAGUUCAGUAAUAAGUCGGUGGAGAUGUCUCUCAGGGUAGCCUCACUGGAUUAUCUUGGCAUUGUAGCCUCCAGGUUAAGAAAAGAUGCUGUGUCUAGUCAUGAUAACCAAGAGUCUAUUGAUGAAAUUAUUACAAAGGUAACUUCUAAAGACAGUGAUGAUGAAGAGGGACAUGACAAUGCAGAGUCUUCGGAGUCAUUGUCGGAGACUGAGAACCAGACACAAAUCCUACAGAAGUCUAUGUUGGAUUAUCUAGCUUACAACAGCCAAAGUGAACCAGCUUACUGGUAUGCCCAUCUAUUCUACAUAGCUCAGUGGUAUAGGGAUAUUACUGUGGAGGCUGAAAGUUUGGCAAAAAAUUCUAAACGUAGGACAGAGGAGGAGGAGGAAAAAGCAACAGAGGCCAUUCAGAAAGCAGAACAGAAGAAAACAUUUCUGUUGGCCCAAUUUGAGGCCAUUAACAAAAAUGCCUCUUACAGGCCACCAGUAUCCAAAUUGGAUUAUGAAGGUGCUUGUCUUGUAGCAAGAUAUCUCUCAUCCAAAAGACCAUUUGCCCAGAGCUUUGAUGUAUACCUGACUCAGAUAUUGAGGGUGUUGAAUGAGUCGGCUGUCGCUGUGAGAACCAAGGCCAUGAAGUGUCUGACAGCAGUAGUGGAGGCCGACCCAGGGAUCCUGGCCAGGGCUGAUAUGCAGAAAGGUGUACAUUAUCGUUUCCUUGAUUCCUCGACCUCUGUACGGGAGGCUGCCGUGGAAUUAGUGGGAAGAUUUAUACUUAUCCGUCCAGAACUUAUCUCUCAGUACUACGAUAUGCUCUCUGUCCGAAUACUGGACACUGGUAUUAGUGUAAGAAAGCGGGUCAUCAAAAUUUUUCGUGAUAUUUGUUUGGAGCACUCAGAUUUCCAAAAGAUACCAGAAAUGUGUGUGAAAAUGAUUCGUCGAGUCAAUGACGAGGAAGGAAUCAAGAAACUGGUGAAUGAAGUUUUUCAAACAAUGUGGUUUACACCAAUCAACAGUAGAGAAAAAGACACCAGCAAACUCUUGACCAGGGUCCUCAAUAUAACCGAUGUUGUGGCAGCCUGUAGAGAUACAGGAUUUGAAUUCUUUGAACAAAUGUUAGAAAAUCUACUUAAAAAAGAUGAGGAUGGGAACAUUAAUAAGAAUGCUUUAACAGCCUGUCGUCAGAUUGUGGACUGUUUGGUGGAGAACGUGUUGAGAUUAGAGGAAAAGAGUGUGGGUAAGGACCACAUACAUACGGGGAAGGGAUGCAGUCAGAGACUUGUGGCUUGUUUGUCCACUCUUCAUCUCUUCAGCAAAAUAAAACCUGACCUCAUGGUGAAGCAUGCUACCACCUUACAACCUUACCUAGACAUCAAGUGCAGUACUCAGGGGGACCACUUUGUCCUACAUUACGUGGCCCGUAUCCUGGAGAUGGUGGUUCCACUAAUGGACCAUCCUAGUGAAACAUUCCUGGCCCAGCUAGAAGAGGACAUGAUGAAACUCAUCCUCAAACAUGGCAUGAUGGUCGUGGAGAGCUGUAUAAGCUGUCUUGGUGCUGUUGUCAACUUGGUCAGUCACAACUUUCCUCUGGUCAAGGACUGUUUCGAGAAGUUUUUUGGUGUGUUAGUUAAGUUGUGUUCUGAGCACAAAGAAAACCCUGAUAAUCCUCAGCUGAAGUCACGUAAACCCACGCUGCUACGAUCUCUCUUCACAGUCGGGCUCCUCUGUAAAUAUUUUGAUCUGGACAAGGAGAUGCCAGAUAUACCACCAGAGGAGACAAUCAGGGAGAGGGUAUUUCAAGUGCUUAUGCACUUUAUUACCCAUGAAGAUGAGAUUGUGAAAGAGAAGGCUCUCUGUGGAUUAGGUUAUAUGGUGAUUCGGCACUAUGACAUAAUGUUGGGUAAAGAGAUGAGGGACCUGUACUAUGAAUAUCUUGAUGAUAGUACUGCUCCAGACAAACUCAGGAUACAGGUGCUAAAGAACUUACAGAACUACUUACUGGAGGAAGAAAUCAGAAUGCACAAAGCUGAUGCAGAAUGGAGAAAACAUGCAAAAGAAGAGGAUUUAAAAGAAAUGGGAGAUGUCCAAUCAGGGAUGGCCAGUACCAUUAUGCAGGUUUACCUGAAGCAUGUCCUGGACUCCUUCUUCCACACCCACUCCCAGGUCAGGCUGGCAGCUCUACAGGUGGUGGUCCUGGUUCUACAGCAGGGCCUGGUUCACCCCGUACAGUGUGUACCCUAUUUGAUCAGUAUGUGUACAGAUGUAGAAAAGGCAAUAAGAGUGAAGGCAGAUCAACAACUUCAAGAAAUCGACAAAAAGUAUCCUGGUUUUAUUCAUAUGAAAGCUUUACAGGGUCUGAAGAUGUCCUACAAACUACAGCAGUUGUUACAAUCUAACAGUAAAGGUUGUGUGAUCCGCGGUGUCAGGGAUAACGAGGGCAACAUGAUCAGUCUCAAUAACUUCCUGUACACCGUGUUACGGGGGAACCGCUCCCAUCGUCGUGCCAUACUGCUCUCCCUACUUAACCUCUUUGAUGAUUCUGCUAAAAUCUCAUUGGCUGAACAACUGUAUAUAGCUGACAAUUUGGCCUUCUUCCCUUAUCAAACUCAGGACGAGCCAUUAUUUAUAAUCAACCAGAUUGACAUCAUUGUGUCAGUGUCAGGAUCCAAUAUUCUCCAAUCUUUCAGAGAGAGAUUACAUUUGUCUAAUCAAGAAGCCCCAAGCAUGAACUUGGUUGUCAAUGCUGAGGGUGAAAAUAGAACAGAAAAUGGAGUUUUACCCCGCCCUGUCAUAGAUGAGGAGGACGAAGAUGAUCCAGAAAAACUCAUGACCAAACUUCCUAGAGAUAUUAGGCCUUUGUUAGAUAUAUGUUAUCUUGCACAAGGAUGUAUUUUACUACUACAUCUAAAACACCAUUUAAAAGAGACCUAUGGGUUUUCUGACAGCAAAAUUCAUAACUACUCUCAAACGGAUGCAAAAACAUACGAUAAACCAGUGCAGAGGAAAUUUAUAGUGACGUUUAAUCCUGAAACUGUGAUAGAUAUAUUAAACAAUAAAACAAAAAAUAGGACUAUGAAGAAAAGAUCUAGAAAAACACGUAAACGGAAUCGUUGUGAUUCAGGGGAGGGAACUAGUGACAGUAGUGUGUCUAGUGAGGAAGAGGAGACGGAAGAACAAAACGUAGACGACGAGGAACAGAGACGCAAACUCAUUGAUGAUUAUCUCGAGUUUAAGGAUUUAAUGUUGAGUAUAGACCCUCCUGAUGAAGAAGAGGAGGGAGAAGAAAAUCGCAGCACCGGUCGACAGACCCCCAACCCCGCCCACGGGCAGACCACUCCAGGCAGCAAAUCACCACGACUACCAAAUCCCGACGGCACGGGGGAGGAGUCAAUGGAAAUGACAGUAGAAGUCCACGAGGAGACGUCAGAAAAACGGGUCCCUCCAAUCACCAUUAGAGCAACACCUCACAGUCACCACACCCCCAAGUCGUCCCGCCAUCAUCACCUUUUUGCUCCAGACAAAAAGAAAAUUCCAGUUCACUCAUCAUCCUCUUCUUCCAAAAACUUAUCAAAAUCAUUUUCCAAGUCGUUACCCAGUAAAAAGAAACCAAAGAAGCGACGGAAACGUUAUGGCAGCGAUAGUGAGGAUGACAGUGCUGACAGUGACUUUGUGUUAUAACUCGUGUGUCAGUGUUGAUAGCAUAAUUGUAACUGUGUCCUAGCAGGUGUGUCAGGCGGUGCUGAUUCUGUACGUUCUAUUGUCGCUGACACAGUGUGGUAAUACAGCAGUUUGUCAUCGCAAUCCACGGUCCUUUGUUAUUUAGUCACAGAGAUACCCCACAAAGGGAAAACAACAAACCUAUCUGUCCCAGGAGCCGUACUGUAGGCUCAUGCCAAACUCACAUGACAGCAUGAUUGGUUGUGACAUUUUCCUAGUGCAAUAUCAGCUUUUAAUGAAUUGCAAGAUGAAUUAAAUUUCAUGAAAUGUACAUCCUUAUGAUCCUGGUAUUAAGGAAAUGAUUGUUCAUUAGAAGCAAAACUUAAUGUGAGCAAAUGCAAAGGAUUAAUUACGUGUAUGUGUUCGAGCACCCUCUUCCUAAACAUAAGAUAAAAUUUCAGGCUUCUAAAAGGAAAAAAAUUUAAAUUUGAAAAUUUACUUGUAAAAUUGGUUUAUUAUGAACAAAUUCUUUGUAAUUGAUAGAAGUCAAGUUUUUUUUUCUAAAAGAUAGAUUUUUUUUCCUUCCAUAUAAAAAUGUAUGAUUGUUAAUUAUAAAUGAGUUCAUAUUAACUACAUGUUAAAACACAUAAAUUCUAUGGCAUUUUUUACUGGCAAAUGAAACACAAGUUUCAGAUGUACAGUACAUCAUUCUAUUUCUGUUUUAAUAUUAAUUCAAGGUUAUACUGUAGUGUUAAUGAGCAUAAUGAAACUUGGAACUUUGUAUGACUGAGCUAUGUAAAUUUUAUAAGAACAAAUCAAAUAUUAGUGAUGUCAUCAAAUAGAAACAUCUUUCUUGUUAUGAAUAUUUAUUAAGGAAUACCUGAAUUCUUUUAUGCAUCACAGUUGAUAAAAAUAUUUUAGAUCGAAACUUUUACCGAAAUUGACAAGCUGAGCGAUUGUGUGGGAGAUUUUACUGUGAAGUUUUAAGUCAAACACUGCUGUAUUUUACCAGGACUUUUACUAUGUCAGCUAUUUUUUACGUCUUUCUUGUCACUUCUCAGAUAUUUAUUUUCUUUGUUCAUCUGUUGAUAGUCAUCUGUUCCAUGUCAUCUUAUUUUUCAUAAAAACUACAAAUUGAAAAAAUAUAAAUUUUGCAGAAUUAAAUUUUGAAAACUUGA